UGUGGGGUGAUGAUGAUAGGAGGCAUGAGAGUUGCAGGAGCUGGUUCAGAUGGCUUUGUGCCGGAAAGGGCACUGCCACUACGAUCACCGGAGCAACUUGGUGGUGUGGGUUGGACAUUGAACUUGUUAUUGUUUUCUGUGGUAUACAGUAAUUGGUUGGUAGUUUUUCAGGAAGGAAUUGGAAUAGCGUGUUGCAUUCUUGCACUUGGUUCUUUCUUACCUUCCGAUGUCAAUGACAUUGUAGUUUUUUAAGUACAUUUCCUAGCCGCCAAUAUUGAAACAAUAGUAGAUAUUUGUUAUUAUUAUUAUUAUUAUUUUGACUAAUGUAAGUUUGAAAAAUUUUUAUAUUUCUUUUUAGAACACUACACAUUUUGAUUUAAAAUAUAAUAUAAUAUAUUUAUUAAAAGGUUAUUAUUUUU